AUGGAAAGAACAAGAUAUGCAUAUGAGAAGUAUCGUGAAGUUAGAAGUCAAAUUACAUCUGGUCGAACCUUUACAGUAAACUUUGACGAAGGAAAGAACAAAGAAGGCUUCAUGGGUGUACUUGCUGCCAUACAAGAUGGAAAUAAGAAAGGAUACAAUCUCAGAUUGACCAUAACAGAUUUGGAUGGUCACAUUUACUAUGCAAAUGGCAAUGAACAAACAGCUGCAAAACUUCUUGACGCUUUCAAGACUACAAAGAGAGAACAAAUGGUUGACUCCGACUCAGACAUUUUGAAUGCAAUUGAAGGAAUUGCAAGUGUCAAGUUCGAAUGGUACCAACCUAACCCUCAAGCAGUCAGACAACAUGCUGGAUACUUCCCGUUCAUAAAUAAGUCUGACAUUGACUUGACAAGGUAUGGAAUUUACAAUUCAAUUGAAACAAUUGUCAAUGAACCUUGCAUUCUUACAUGUCUCAGGAACUCUGGUCUUGUUACAGAUGAGAAGAUGAAGUAUCUUGAGUCAUGUGUGAAGACAAGGUACAUUCUCAGAGGUCAAUUGGCAAAAAUUGCACCGUUGGCAAAUGUCAAUAUCCGAGUCAACAUACCUACAGCUAAAGGUUCUUCACAUGACGACUAUGUUGUUGAGUUCAAUUUACCAUGGUUGAAGAUUGCAAUUGUCCACAACCACUUCAUGUUGAACGAAAGUCUUACAAACCCAUUGUUCGGAAAAGGCAAGUGCAACAUUGUCAGAGCUGUAAACAUUCUUUUCGAGAAAGGUUUGUUGGAACCAAUUCCAGAUGACAAGCUGACAGAAACUUUUGUACCAAAAGACGAAACAAACUUUUCACUGUUAGCAAGACCAAAAGUUGUUCCAGACAAA